AUGUAUAACGACAUGGGUGACUACUCGAAAGCACUUGAAUUUUACGAAAAAGCACAUCAAAUAAAAGAAAAAGCUCUGCCUCCGAAUCAUCCCGAGUUGGCUAUUUCCUACAACAACAUCGGUCAAGUGUAUAACAACAUGGGUGACUACUCGAAAGCACUUGAAUUUUACGAAAAAUCACAUAAAAUCUACAAAAAAGCUCUGCCUUCGAAUCAUCCCGAUUUGGCUAUUUCCUACAACAACAUCGGUCAAGUGUAUAACGACAUGGGUGACUACUCGAAAGCACUUGAAUUUUACGAAAAAGAUCUCGAAAUCACGAAAAAAGCUCUGCCUCCGAAUCAUCCCGAUUUGGCUAUUUCCUACAACAACAUCGCACAUAAAAUAAAAGAAAAAGCUCUGCCUCCAAAUCAUCCCGAGUUGGCUAUUUCCUACAACAACAUCGGUCUCGUGUAUAACAACAUGGGUGACUACUCGAAAGCACUGGAAUUUUCCGAAAAAGCACAUCAAAUAAAAGAAAAAGCUCUGCCUCCGAAUCAUCCCGAGUUGGCUAUUUCCUACGGCAACAUCGGUCUCGUGUAUAACGACAUGGGUGACUACUCGAAAGCACUUGAAUUUUACGAAAAAUCACUUAAAAUAAGAGAAAAAGCUCUUCCUCCGAAUCAUCCCUCAUUGGCUACUUCCUACAACAACAUCGGUGCAGUGUAUUUCAACAUGGGUGACUACUCGAAAGCACUUGAAUAUUCUAAAAAGGACUUUGAAAUUACAAAACAAGUUCUGCCUGAGAAUCAUCCAGAUUCGGCUAUUACAUACAACUGGUUCGGAAAGAUUUAUCGCAGUAUGAAAGAUUAUCCAAAAGCACUUGAGAAUUUCGAAAAAUGUCUCGCAAUAUGGCAAAAAGCCUUACCUGAAAAUCAUCCGGAUAUAGGUUUUGCAUUUAGUAAUAUUGGUGAUGUUCGUCGAUUAAUGGGUAAUUAUGAAGAGGCACUUGCAUUUCAUCAAAAAACAUUAGAUAUUCAAGAAAAUGUUCAAUGUAAUCCUCUGGAAUGUGCAACGACAUAUAUAAAUUUAGGUGAAACUUAUCGUGAAAUGAAAGAUUAUUCAAAAGCAUUGAUAUAUUUCGAAAAAGGAUUAGAAAUACGUGAAAAGAAAUUACCAAAAAAUCAUUCUGAUUUAGCUGUUGUAUAUCAUAAUAUGGCAAAAUUAUAUUUGGCUACACGAAAAUAUAGUACGGCAAUGAAAAAUAUUCAACAAGCAGUUGAAAUAGCUCAAGAAAAAUUACCUUCAACUGAUCCUCAUCUUUUGGAAUAUAAAGAAACAUUUGAAAAAAUUCGAAAGAAAAUAACUCGACAACAAGAUUUCUAUGAUCAAUAUUCAUCAUCAUACAAUGAUUCAUAUUAUUGGCAUGAAAAUAAUUCAAAUUCAUAUGAUAUUUAUGGUUCAAUACUGGUGGAAAUUCUUCAAUUUCAACAUCCAUCUCAUACACUUUUACAACAAAAUAGUUUUACUCAACAAGUUUAUCUUAAAUAUGAACAAGAAUGUCUUGAUGAUUUUCGUGUUGAUGGUGCAUCAUUUCCACAACAAUUUUUUCCAACAAAAUCAAAUUAUAAAGAAUUUAGUGUUUUAGGAAGAAUUGAUAUUGGUUUGGGUAUUGGUGGUGGUGUGAUUAAUUCUAUACUUUAUAAUGUUGAUGAUGGUCAUCGAGCUGCUAUUUUUGAUCGUUUCCAAGGUGUUAAACUAGAUGUUAUUGAAGAAGGAACUCAUUUUAUGAUUUCAUGGCUUCGUAGGCCAAUUAUAUUUGAUAUUCAUACACGAUCACGAUCUGUUCCAUCAAUAACAGAAAUAAAAGAUUUACAAACAAUUAAUAUAACAUUACGUAUUCUUUAUCGACCAAGAGCUGAACUUUUACCAAAACGUUUUUGCAAAUUUGGUUUUAAAAUCUGUUGUACUAAGUCUCAAUUUGAUGCUAUUGAAUUGAUUACACAACGCACACUUAUUUCUCAACGUGUUAGUGAAUUAUUAACAGAACAUGCUGCUUAA